ACGUAAUAUUAUCAAUAAUUUUGGAUUUUGCAGAGUUUACUAAAUUACGUACUGAGAGUUWAAACUAGAAACGUUAAAGUUGUGAAAACGAUGGCAAUUGAAAUAGCCGCAAGCGAAACAGAAAUGAAAACAAUUGACAAAUACGGUAAGAAAAUAAAAUGAAAGCAAGCGCUUUAUCACGCUAAAUGUCACGUGAUGCGGUUACACUAAUUAACAAUGAGAAUCAUUAAUUUUUCAGAUGAUYUUGAUCGUGAAGAACUUAUUGAGAAACUGAAGGAAUCUGAAAAUGCAAACCUAAUCGCCGUUAACGAAUUGAGAAAUAUGAAGGAGAAGUUAACGUCUUACAAACGGCAAUAUGAGAAUUUCAGUCAGAAAAUUGCUGAAGUUGUUGAAACACACGACAUGAAGAAGAAAGCGAUGCUUGUCAUUCUUUCUGAUGGAGUCAAGGCCUAUUCAAAGUUGGAGGCAGAAAACAAAGAACUCAAGAGACUUGUUGAAGAACAUGUCAAUCAUGACAAACUUGAAGAUGAACUAAUGCAAUUGAAGAUGCAGUUACAGGAACAGGAUAGGAAAAUCGAAGAACUCGAAUCAGUUAAAACUCCAACACGAAGACCAAACGUCUUUGCACGAAUUCACAAUUGGUUGAGAGAGAAAUUCUCGUCGAGUUCAUCAUGAUGAUCGCUGCUGUACCUGAUCAUUACUCGGGAACCGUCUUGCAUGAUUACAAUGUAACAUGGUUAUUUACUGUACUGUGAAUUAUAGUGUACAAUAUUGUAAUAAAGUCAUGUACAUAGAUUGA